AUGAAUGCUGAGAGUUGCGUGUCGUUCUGCGACCCGGCGGCUGCUGCCAUGGAUUCCUUCUACAACGCCGCCUCGCAAGGCAGCGUCGACGGCUCCUCGCCUUUUAGGGCAUUUCCCGGCAGCAGCGACAAGUUCAGCUCCGCUUUCCUGGCCAGCAAAGGACAAAGCUUUGGAGACGGCGGCGGCAGCAGCAGCAGCAAUAGCCCCAAGCGCCGGAGCCGCUACAGCCAGCCGGAAUGUCCGUCUCUGGACGGCAGCGGCGCUCAGCAGCAACCGGCGCUCUCGACCGCCACCGCCGCCGCCGCCGCCGCCACCACCGCCGCCGCCUUUAACAAGUACCACUUGCAGCAACCGCCGCCGCUCUACGGGCAGCGGGGCUCUUGUAAAAGCCCCCCGAGUAGCAACCUCAAGCUUCAGGACACCAGCGGCCACAACGGAGCCCUGCAGCUUUCUUGCUACGCUAAAGAAAGUUCACUGGGAGAGACCGAACUACAGCCAGGAUCUGAUUCUGCUGGAAUGGAUGGUAGUUACCUCAGCGUGAAAGAGACCAAUGUGAAGGCAUCCCAGGAGAGGGCAAGUAAUGAUCUUCCCAGUCCAAUGGACAAGACUGAUUCAGAGAGCAACAAGGGCAAGAAGAGGCGUAACCGCACCACCUUCACCAGCUACCAGUUGGAAGAGCUGGAAAAGGUCUUUCAGAAGACCCAUUACCCAGAUGUCUAUGCCAGAGAGCAGUUAGCCAUGAGGACAGAUCUCACUGAAGCCCGAGUACAGGUUUGGUUUCAGAACAGAAGAGCAAAAUGGAGAAAACGAGAGCGAUUCGGUCAGAUGCAACAAGUUCGCACGCAUUUCUCAACUGCCUAUGAGCUGCCUUUGCUAACUCGAGCAGAGAACUAUGCCCAGAUACAGAAUCCUUCCUGGAUCGGCAACAACGGUGCUGCCUCCCCUGUGCCUGCCUGCGUAGUGCCCUGUGACUCGGUGCCUUCCUGCAUGUCUCCCCAUGCUCAUCCCCACACCACUGGGGGAGUCGCUGAAUUCCUGAGUGUCUCGGGUCCUGGCAGCCACGUGGGGCAGACACACAUGGGCAGCCUCUUUGGCAGUGCCGGCAUCAGCCCCAGCCUCAAUGGUUACGAGCUUAACGGCGAGCCCGACCGCAAGUCUUCCAGCAUUGCAGCCCUGCGGAUGAAAGCCAAGGAGCACAGUGCUGCCAUAUCGUGGGCAACAUGA